AAUUAGAACAAUAUAAAAAAUUAAAUCAAUGCAAUUUAAUUUAUAAUAUUGAAGAAUCAACGAAUAUGAUUAAUGCAUUAAAAUUACUACAUUUAAAGUCAAAAAAUUCUCAUAUUUCAAAUGAAAAUUUUGAAGAAAUAUUAAAAAUUUUCAAUUGCAAUGGUCCUACAUUAUAUUCGACAAAAAAAUUUCUUCAAAAUAUAGUCAAUAUUGAUAUUUUAUUUGUUGAUAUGUGUAUUAAUUCCUGUAUAGCUUUUACAGGUGAAUAUAUAGAAGAAACACAAUGUCCUAUAUGUUUUGCUGCUAGAUUUAGAGAAGAAAAUGUACCCUUUAAAACAGCUGCAUAUUAUCCAUUAAUUCCUCGAUUAAGAUUUCAGUAUGCAAAUUUAGAAAGAUCAAAAACUUUUAGAUAUCGCUCAAAUUAUAUAUUUAAUACUGAUCGUUUUUAUCAUCUCCAUUUUGUUUCAACUUUAUCUACACAAAUUUCUCCUCCUCAACCAUUAAAGCAAUUUCAUUCACGACAAGUUGUUUGGAUUAAAGAUGGAGAAGAAGAACUCUGGGCACCUAGUUUAGAUUAUAUUUUAAAUAAUAGAGAGUUUAUUGCAUUAUCAAAUUUUUAUUAUGCAAAUUUAAAAGAGCCUAUUUUAGAAUUAAAUGAUUGGGGUGUAAAAUAUGCCAAAUUUCGUACAAGAGAAGGGUAUAUGCUAGGUUCUUUAAUGUCAAAAGUAGCAGCUAAUGCACGUGAUAAUUCUUGUGUACUGUAUGAACUUGAAGUAAAUAUUGCCAAGCCAAGAGAAGCUAAAAAAUAUGAACUGCAACAAUUUUUUGGUCGUGUGCAAUUUUAUUUUUAUUAUAUGUUCCGAGGAAAAUAUCAAUUAUUUGCAUAUAUUCAAAAUGCAAAAAAUGCUCGAAAAGGAUUAUAUGGAUUAUAUAGUUUUGAAGAAUUUGGUGAUUAUGAAUUUGUUGAUGUGUCAAUGCUACGAAGAUGUGUGGGUUUUAUGAAG